CUCGCUCACAACAAGUACUUCGUGCAGUGACAACGAACAACUGCUGGACGCGGUCGAUGAAGUGAAGAACGGCGCAGCAGCAGGAGGGGAUGCAUUACAAAGAUCACAGUCACACGAAAACAAGAUGAAGAUUCUUUGUGAAGAACACAAUCAGAUUCCGGCAAGCCCGAGCCGCACGGACAGAGAAACCGCACCCCCUGCUCGACCACAC